AUGAGCACACUUCAUGAUCACAUAAUGAAUCAACCAAAAGAAAAACGUUUGAAAGUCUCAAAAGCUUGUUUUACUUGUAGAAUAAAAAAAAUUAAGUGUGAUGGAUUACAACCAUGUAUGCAGUGUAAAGCACGCAAACGACCUUGCUCUUUUUCCAAGAAUGGAUCCAUAGAUCAAACUCAACGAUCUCAUGUCAUUAGUUCUACUCAUUCAGCCUCUUUACAAAGUAAUGGACUUACUUCCCGUGAUUCUUUAUCCAAUUCAGUAAUUACGUCUACUCAGUCCUUGGAUAUAGUGACUCAAAGACAAAUAGCAAAAGAGCAAGAUAAUCUAAGAAAAACAUCAGAACAAUUAAAUAAAUUAAGUAUGAUGUGGCCAGGAGAAGGUAAAGAAGGUCAUUGGAUAAUAGAUAUCCGUUCCUUGUUUAAUGAAGAUCCUAGAGAUCAGAAUUCCUAUCAACCUCAUCCCUCAUUACCCUCUAUCAACAUUAAUAAAAAAUUAUUACAUCUUUUCUUUCGUCAUCGUCAUCCAACACUACCCAUUAUACCCAAAUCUAUCUUUUACCGACUAUUAGAGCAUCGUGACCCUUUGAUUAGUCCGUUACUUCUUUAUAGUAUGUAUUGUCAUGCUGCCCAUUUUUCAUACGAAAGUGCAUCGGAAGCGGAUUAUUACUUCAAACAUGCUCAGUUAUUAUUGGAUACCUAUUAUAUGGAUACCCCUUCUCUUAGUGUUGUUAUUGCUCUCUGUUUAAUGUCCACUUAUGAAUCUAAUCGACGAGGCUCAGGUCCUCAUGCCAGAAAGAUAAAGGCUAGUGUAUACCAAGAUAUGGCAUGUCGUAUGUGUUAUGAUCUUAACUUGCACAAACGGUACAGUUUUCAUCAUACAGGUACUACGCCUGAUGAGACUGAGUUACGCAAACGCGUUUAUUGGGUUGCUUACUGUUUAGACAAGAUACAUAGUAUCAUGACCACCGGUAAACCUUUCUUGCUUUCAAUUAAAGAUAUAGAUAUCGAUCUUCCAAUGAUUUUAGGCGAUCCAAAUGAUGAUCCUGAUGAAUAUGAAAUUAAUGUCUGUUUUAUCGAACAAAUCAAACUUAUGCAACUCGCUGAGCAUAUCUUUCAAUCUGCUAUUCCUAAUCGAUACACAAUAGGUAUAAUGAUACGCUUCCCUGAAGCAGAGCAACUUGUCUUAAGAUAUGAUUCACAACUUAUGCAUUGGCUACAAAACUUACCUUCUGCACUACAAUGGACACCCUUAAAUGAAAAUACAGAUCAACAAGAUAUAAUACCGACAGAGCCUCCUAAAAACGCUCAUAUUGCUUAUUUACAUCUUGUCUUUAAUUUUAUCCAUAUCUCCCUCUUACAGAAUGUAGCAUUUACCUCUUUACCUUCAUCACCUACUUCCUUAAUAAUUCAGCAACGAUGUGCUACAUUAGCUACUAAUUUAACACAGCUAACAUGCGCCUUGGCUGAACAACCUAACUUUAUUUUAUCUUUCCAAUUUGUGGCCGAAACAAUUAUGGUAGCUGUACGUUUUCAUAUUAUCUAUUGUGCAGAUGAAAGACAGAGUAAAGCAAAGAAUGCAAGAUUUAUGUUUCAACGUUCAUUAAGAUCUAUGGAAUCCAUCUUACAUCAUCGUGUUAUUGAUGGUAUACAAAAGUUUGUAACAACAAUUGAAAAAGUAUUAGCAGAUGCAGAUAUGAAUCAAAGUAGUACUAGCUGCAAUAGUAGUCCGAAAUUUCAUUUUUUAUCACCUAUUAUACCCAGAACGACUUCUAUCAAUCCUCCUAUUUCACCAAAAAGCACUAUAGCAUUUAUAUCUUCGUCAAUAUUGCCUCAACAGCAGCAAGAUCACACUGCAGAUAAUUCUCGUUGGAUAGGAAAAUAUAAUGGUAAUCAUAUGCAUCAUGGCGGUCUUAUAUCGCCUACAUCAAGUAUAGCAUCAACACCGUUAGAAAAUAAUAAGAGCUUUCACCAAAAUAUAGUACUAUGUAAUGAUGACUUUCUACGUUCUCAUUUGACUCGGUAUCAUCAUCCAACGGAAUUACCAACAGCAUCCUUUACUAUAUCAGCUGGAAAUCAUUUAUGGAAAUCAUCUACUCAUCAACACAUGCCAUAUAAUACUACUGUUCAUCAAAAUAAUAACCAAGUAACAACAACUAUUAUGAAUCAAUCUACUCUAAAGCGGGAAAGAGGAGAGGAUCAUCAUUCUUUAGAAGAAAUGUAUUCUCAUCUUUGGCCAAGAGCAUGCCCAUUAGGAAAUGAUAUGAAAUCAUUUAAUACUACAGAAGAAUAUCUUGACCGUUCGUUUACCAGUACUAUACGACAUAACAAACAACGGCAGCAGUUAUCAAAUAUGGCAAAUAAUAGCAGUUUAGCAGAUGCAAAAUAUACAAACGCGCAACAUGAUAGUACAACAAUGAAUAAUAAUAAUGAUCAUGCUAUGGAAGGGAAUGAUUUAUAUACCGUGUGGAACUAUAGAGAAGAAGAUAUGAAAGAUGAAAAGGAAGAGAAGAACAAUCCCUCUAUUUUAUUUGCGAUUCAACAAUCUAGAUUUGGUUUAGGUGUUUAUGCCUCUGCUCAACAACAUCAUACAGAUGUUAUUCGACAGCAUAUUCCUGGUAUUAAAUCCAAUAAUUCAAACAGACCCGUUUUACUAAAUCAUUUUGGGCAAGUUAUUGUUGCGAGUACUGACGAUUCUCAUAAUGUAUAA